GGGCGGCCCGGGCGCAGAGCGGAGGAAGGACCGCGCGUUUCCGGCCCUGUCCGCCCGCCGCGAUGAUGGCGGGGCUGCGGGCCGACCCGGAGCUGGCCAAGCGGCUCUUCUUCGAGGGUGCCGCCGUGAUCGUCCUGGGCGUCCCCGAGGGCACCGAGUUCGGCAUCGACUACAGCAGCUGGACCGUGGGGCCCCGCUUCCGCGGCGUCAAGAUGGUUCCGCCCGGGGUGCACUUCGUGCACUGCAGCGCGGCCCGGUCCGCCGGCGGCACUGAGACGGGACCGCGGGCCGGGCUGUUCCUCUGCCUGCGGCCCCGGCAGGUGCGCGCCCUGCGCUGGGAGCCGGGCAGCGAGGAGCUGCGGGACGCGCCGGGAGAGGAGGAGGCGCUCGGGAGGGACCUGCGGGACAUGGACGCGUUCCUCGGGCCGUACCCGUACGACACCGUGAAGAAGUGGAUCGCCCUCAGCAGCUUCGUGGGCGAGGCGGCGGUGGAGCGGCUGCGGCCGGAGAGCGGGCGGAUCUGCGCCUUCUCCGAGGUGCUGCCGGUGCGGGAGGGGCGGCUCGGCCGGGACCGCGCGGGGCAGAAGCUGCCGCCGUACGACGCGGGGUGCGGGAGUUACGCCGAGGGCGUGGCCAGGCUGCCCGAGAUGCGGCCCAGAGCCGGAACCGAGAUCCGCUUCACCGAGCUGCCGCGGCGGACGUACCCCGAGGGAGCCAGCCCGGAGGAGAUCACCAGGCACUGCAUGGACCUCAGCUACGCGCUGGAAAACGUCAUCGCGCGGCGCUACGCCGGGCGGCCGCAGGACCUGCUCGCUGAGUUGCAGUUUGCUUUUAUCUGCUUCCUGAUUGGGAAUGUAUACGAUGCAUUUGAGCACUGGAAAAGACUGUUAAACAUCCUGUGCCGUUCUGAAGCUGCCAUUGCAAAGUAUCAGGACCUUUAUGCCAAUCUCAUCUUUGUCCUGUACCACCAGUUGAAUGAAAUCCCGUCUGAUUUCUUUGUGGACAUCGUCUCCCAGGACAACUUUCUGACCAGCACCUUGCAGGUGUUUUUUUCCUACACGUGCAGUGCUGCUGUUGAUGGAGCUUUAAGGAAAAAGGCUGAAAAAUUCAAAGCUCACCUAACGAAGAAAUUUAAGUGGGACUUUGAGGCAGAGCCUGACGACUGUGCCCCUGUAGUGGUGGAGCUUUCCGAGGGUGUGCUCACAGACUAAGCAAAGUGCUCACAGAGAAACAAAUGGCUGUUCUAAAAUCACUUUUUCUCCAUACCCUUCUUAACUUUUCCAGCUUCCUAAGUCAUAUUCUGUCACUAAUUUCUCUUGCUGCUGUAAAGACAGACAUGGAAAAAACAAAAAAAUUCUUUACCACAUGAGAUGACCGGAAUUGUUGGAACUGUUUGAACAUAGCCAUGUGGCUCUGCACACCUUGUUUUUCCUCUACCCCGUCACCAACAACUUCUUCUGUACUGAACAGCUCCUUGCUCUGGUUUUAUCUGUUGUGCUGGGCUGGAGGUGGUGCAUCUCAUGCCUGGAGCCGGUGCUGCUCUUGUUUGAUGCCUCUGGAGUGAGGCAUUCUGCUCAAAGCUGCAGCAGAAUUCAUCCCAUUUUAUACCACUAAUACUGAAAUAUCUUUUCCUCUAAUACUGUGGAAACCUUUUGUACUUCCUGCUGACGCUCUGCUUAGCAUGAUGUAAAAGAACAUUAACAGUUUGGUAACAUUCAAUACUGGACAGCAGUCAUCCAGGUUUUGAAGCAGAGGAGAACUGGCAUGAGAUGAGUGUCAGACCUGAACUGUUCCCUUCUGUUUUGCUGUAAUCAGAAACUUUAAGUACUUUCACAAAAGACAGUCUCUUCUUUCUCCCCAUCAUCCCCAAGGUAGGUUGUAGGAAAACUCUGUGGGCGUCAUUUGGACCUGUGCAGGGCUUUAGCCCUGUAACCUGCUCAUUAACCAUCUCAUCUGGUAGACUUCUUCAGAUAUUUGUAUGUGUAUCUAACAAGAUAACACUGCUUGUCAAUCUUUUGUAGUUAAAAUAAAUCUUCUUAUCUUGGUCUCGUGUACAGAAAACAUCUGUACAAUUCUGUUUAUAUAUAUAUGUGUAUAUAUAUAAUAUAGCUGAAGUUUAUGGUGCUGUGUCACUGGCCUGUCUCAUUGGGAUGUCCAGUAUCCCCAGAAGUAACAUCACAGUGUGUUCUGUUAUACCCAAGUGCAGCUCAUAAUGAGCAGUACAUGGCAAGGCACAAAUGCAGCAUGUUCUGGGAAGGGAGUAUGUGGUUGUGUGUUGCCAAAUAAUCAGUAACAUACUGCAGGAAUCAGCCGCCAGAAGCUGUCAUGUUGCUGCAUUGAUGCUGUUUCUUCGCUUUCCUCAAGGGCUUCAAACUCCAUUACUCUGGUGUCUUGGUGUGUCCAUUUUCAACAGAUGCAGUGCAGACAAUGAGCCCUUAGGGAAGGUCACUGCAGUUUGGUGUGUGUUUUGUUCUUAACUCUAUGUGCUUUCUUGACCUUAACAUCCUUGAGAUAUUUUACACUGUGACUGUGCUCAUCUUGUCUUGCUCUUUGCUUGCCUGUGUGCACAGGGAGUGCUGUCUUUGCAAUUGCCAUUUGGACAAAUGGUCUGUAACAGGCGAUCCCAGAUCUGAUUAAAGGUGCCUGUUUGGUUGGUUCUUUGCACCAACCCAAUGACUGAUUCUGCUGCUUUAAAGCAGAACACCAGUUACUGAUGUAACUGAGAAGCUCAGUUAGCAUGGAGCGUGGGGACUGUCCUGUCUGGAGUGGGAAAAGAUGAAUGGUGCUUGGUGCUUUUCCUGGCUGAAAACCAGUCUGGCCCAACAGUGUCAGUGCUUUGCAGACUGUCCUGGCAGUGCUCCCGCUUCUUUGAUGGGUAGGUUACUUUGAGUGUGUCUUUGGAAGUUAAUUAUCAGGUUUAGUUUUUGAGGUUUAACACAUGUAGCAGCCGGAUUCCCGUCAUAAACUGCAGUUUUAGCAACCAAGAACCAAGAAUGUAAUUGUUCUUCCAUUGUGCUUUUUGUGAGGUUGUAGUAGAUGUCUCCAAUUAGGCCCACAAAAGAGGUGAGGAAGAAGUAGGCCUUUGGGGGGGCAUCAUCCAUUUGGUACAUGUGAAACAAGGAACUUUCAGAUAAAUACAGAUCGAGACUGAGUGCUCAGAGUUCAACUCCAUGGAUCAGUCGCACACUUAAGGGGGAGAGGGAAGUCUGCACAUAUGAAGCAACACACAUUUAAUGUUUGCAAGGGGAGACGGUCAUAAGUCUGGGAGGGGAAGGAGGUGAGGGCUGUUAUUCUUGUUGAACUCAGCAGGAAGGAGGACAUAAAUGGAAAGCUGUAGCAUGUCAUGGCUAAUAUCUUCUUGCCUUUAUGUAGCCUGAGGCCACCUAUGGCUGUGAUAACACUACCCUUCCUUCCAGCUAAAAUAGCUGGAUAAUCUGAUAUGGUAAUCUGAAAACAGAGAGAUUUGUGUGUUUGUAAAUACAGAUUACUGCACACUAAUGAAGUAUAACGGAUGAUGUGUUUGCAGCACUGAUUCAGCAAUGAAUUAGGGUCAGGCUGGGCAGCAAUGAAAUGGCACUGAUGCAUGAGGUAUGAUGGCUUUGUGUGUAUGUGGUGAGUUGUCCAGCUGCCAGAGCUUUGCAGUGAGGCAAAGUGGUAUUGUUCAUGUCCUCUGAUAUGUGCUUUCAUUGCAAAUUGUGUUGGAAUGUGGAUUCUGUUCAGUCCUGGGUGAAGGUCAUUAAGAAUUAACAAUGGCAUGAGCUGACCACUGGGUACUUGAGAGAUUCACUGCAGAUGAUAUCUACAGUGCAAAGCCCAGUGUGAUUAUAUUCAGCCUUGGGAGCCACCAUUCAAUUUUCACUUCCUUCAUUGGCUUAACAUUAGGCAAACCAGAGCUGAGUCUCGCUGAUACAUAUUCUGUAUGGUGGCCUCUGUUGUUCUGCACCACCCUGAAGAGGGAUGCUUCCAGAGUUUCAUCGGUCUUGCAAAUGAGAAGAUGUGAAAUGGGAUGUAGAAAGCUGUCCUGCCAUCCCGGUGACAUGGCACACCCUUCUUUCAUUGGGAAGAGAAAUAGAACAUCCUGCCAGCUCAUGCAGUCUUCUGUUUAAUAUCCACCUCCUUCGCUAACAUUGUCAAAAGGGCAGGUAGACUGUACCUAUCUGUUUUCAGGGGGAUUGCUGCUGAUGACUUCAUUGUGUCACCAGUGAGCAUCCAGAAUGUAGUUCUGCACGUCCAGUUGAUUUUACAUGGCAGCCAUGUCACCAGUAUUUUAAGUCCUGCCACAGCAAUGCUUUGAGUCCUUCAGCAGCACCAAGGUCGUGUAGUGCUAAUGCCGUGCAGGCAUGUGGAGGGGUUCUUGUCCCACUGCUUGACUGCUCAGUGCUGGUCUGCUCCUUGCUUUCACUUUACACCACUUAACGGUGAGCUUCAUUUUUGUUAUUUCUGCCUGGUCUCUUCCAGCAGCACUAACCUGUCAUGUCUGUCUUGUUUCAGCUCAAGUCUCUUCUAUUUCUAUUAAAUGUUUCUAUUGUU